UACCGGGCGCCGACCUGUCUUCCCUCCACUGUUCAUACUCCCACCCGCCAAUUCCUCAAAACGCCACCGUUUUCCUCCCCUCUCUAUAAAAGUACGCCCCAUUCUCCAUUAAUUUCAUUCUAUCCAAUCACUUGAUUACUCUUUAUAUUCAAGGUUGUUCAGCUCUUAGUCUUAGCUCAUUAACUCCAUAGAUUCUUCAACUCUUGAAUUUAUACUUUGUUUUUGUAAUUCGAACAUUUGCCGUUUUAUUCACAGUGCAGAUCUUCUGUUCAGAUUGUAUUUUGAUUAUACAGACACCUUAGUAGUUGAUGGCGUCACCAGAUAUUGUUUCUCCCUGGAUUUCAUACUCUGGUGAAACCUUUUGUGGAUCAUCUGAUAUACACAUGGAGGAGGGGAAUACAGCCGAAGUUUUACAUGUGCUAGAAGCUCCCAUCCUUUCAGUAUCUUAUAACUGUAGUAUUCCUAAACCACCUCCACUCCCUGUUAAAGCGUGUACAAAAACAAAAUAUCCCAAAAGAUUUGUAGAUUGUAGUUUGGUCCCCAAGGAAACAAAAGAUACAUGGGACAAUCUUUUCAAGGAAGGGUAUGGUGCUGAUGUUUAUAUUAUUACAGAGGAUAAAUCACGUAUUCCAGCUCAUUCAAUUAUUCUGAGCAUGGCCUCACCAGUCCUGGGAAAUAUUCUGCAACUGGCAAAAGUAAGAAAUGGUAUGAGAUAUAUUAAAAUUCCUGGUGUCCCUAAUGAAGCAGUCUGUGCAUUCAUUCGUUUCCUCUAUUCAUCAAGCUAUGAAGAAAACGAGUUGAAGAAGUUUGUUCUCCCUUUGUUGGUUUUAUCACACUGUUAUUUGGUUCCACAACUGAAAAGAGUUUGUGUAUACAUUCUGGAGCAUGGUUGGCUGACCAAAGAAAAUGUAAUAGAUGUGCUUCAGUUAGCAAGGAACUGUGAUGCACCAAGGCUCUCCUUCAUAUGUGUUCGCAUGGUUGUUCAGGACUUCAAAUCUGUAUCUUCAACUGAAGGUUGGAAAGUCAUGAAGCGUGCUAAUCCUGCCCUUGAACAAGAGCUUGUCGAGUCUAUGGUUGAAGAAGACUCUAGAAAACAAGAAAGAUUGAGAAAAAUGGAAGAGAGAAAGGUAUACUUGCAACUUCAUGAGGCAAUGGAAGCCCUCCUUCACAUAUGCGGAGAUGGGUGUAGGACAAUUGGGCCCCGUGACAAAGUGCUGAAAGGAAGCCAGGUUCCCUGCAAUUUUACAGCUUGUAAAGGGCUUGAAGCUUUAGUCCGCCAUUUUUCCAGUUGCAAAACUCGAGUUCCUGGUGGAUGUGUUCACUGCAAGCGCAUGUGGCAGCUGCUUGAACUACAUUCUCGAAUGUGUGAUGAGCCUGAUUUAUGCAAGGUCCCUCUAUGUAGGCACUUCAAAGUAAAAGUGCAGCAGCAGCAGAGCAAGAAAGAUGAAGCCAAAUGGAAAUUGUUGGUAAGCAAAGUAAUAAUAGCAAAGAAAGCUUUGGGGCCAUUUUCUGCAAAGCAUGCUGGUUUAUUAUGACAGACAUCUCAUCACCUCUUCAAAUUUCAGCAUCUUUUAUUUGUUUGGAAUUUGAACACCCACCCCCCAACUGUGUUUAAUACUUUCCAUUAAAAUAAUAAUAACAUUAAUAAGUAUUAACAAUUGUAAAAAAAACAAAGAUAUAUUAAUGAAUAGUUUUUUCAUGUUUAAGGUCUGGUCUGGUCUGGGUUUUUCCCAAUCUGAUCGAUCGGAUUGGCCGUUAGACCGGAAAAACAAUAUUGUAUAAAUAAAUAUUUAUUUAUAAUGUAACAAAUGAAAUUUUUUUGGUUUGA